AUGAAAUUCCUCGCUCUCGGCGCGCUGCUCGUCGGUGCAGUUACUGCUGUUUCGACGGGUCGAGUUCCCCAGGGUGCUCAUGUCAUCCCUGCCAACGACAAGUCUUCGUUGCGAAAUGUUGGAGCCCACGGACAGAAGUACCCUGACCGUCGGACUAUCACAAUUCGGCCAUCGAAGAAUGACACGGACGACAUCUCGGAUGACUUCCUUUGGGGCAUCAAGCAUGCUAACCACGGCGGCCGGCUGCUGCUGCAAAAGGGCAAGACCUAUGUUAUUGGCAAGAAGCUUGAUCUGAGCUUCCUGGAUAACGUCGAAGUCCAGCUAGAGGGUGAGAUCAAGUUCACCGACGACAUCGAGUACUGGCAAGCGAACAACUUCUACUACUCGUUCCAAAAGUCAAUUACCUUUUGGGUCUGGGGUGGAAAGGAUAUCAAGAUCUUCGGCCAUGGUACCCUGAAUGGUAACGGUCAGGCUUGGUACAAUGCGUUUGCAGGACGAGAGAUUCUGGACUCCAGCAACACCUUCUACCGACCAAUUCUGUUCUUGACCGACAAUGCCACUCGCAUCAGCGUUGAGGGCAUCACUCAACUGAACUCGCCAUGCUGGACCAACUUCUUCGUGCGCACCAACGAUGUCUCCUUCGACAAUGUCUACAUCAACGCGUACUCAACCAAUGCCUCGGCACUGCCCAAGAACACCGAUGGCUUUGACUCGCUCAACGUGAACGGACUCAGCGUCACCAACACCCGCGUCGAUAUUGGUGACGAUUGCUUCUCGCCCAAGCCCAACACAUCCAACAUCUUUGUGCAGAACUUGUGGUGCAACAACACCCACGGUGUGAGCAUGGGCAGUAUUGGACAGUACUCGGGUGUGAUGGACAUUAUCGAGAACGCGUACAUUGAGAACGUAACCCUACUCAAUGGCCAGAAUGGUGCCCGUCUCAAGGCCUGGGCUGGUCAGGACGUCGGCUACGGACGCAUCAACAACAUCACCUACCGCAACAUCCACAUCGAGAACACCGACGCCCCCGUUGUCUUGGACCAGUGCUACUUCAACAUCAAUGCGACCGAGUGUGCAGCCUAUCCAUCCGCUGUCAACAUCACCAACAUCGUCUUUGACAACAUCUAUGGCACUUCUUCGGGCAAGAACGGCAAGGAGGUUGUUGAUUUGACUUGCUCCCCCAACGCAGUGUGCUCGAACAUUCACCUGUCGCGGAUCAAUUUGACCAGCCCUGCGGGUAGCCCACCAUUGAUCACCUGCGAUGGUAUUCAGGGGGAUAUUGGUGUGAACUGCACUAGCUCGACGUGA